AUGUAUCUCCUGUUAUUCAUCUGGUUAAUUCCCAAAUCAUUUUCUAUUGAGAUGGUUAUAACUUGGGGAAAAUUGACAAAUGAUACAGUUUGUGAUACGACUAUUAAAAUAGUUUCAAGUAGUCUAUGCUUCGAUUAUUGCAUGGAAUCUGACACGUGUUAUGUGAGUUUUUCUCACCAAACUUCAACACAACUUCAAAAUUGAGAGACUUUGUUAUAGAUUGCUCAAGCUUAUGGAACUCUUUGUACAUUGUGUGGUCCAGAUUAUCCCUACCCAAUUCAAAGUUUGUCAGAGGAAAAUGCAAAUCGAACAAAAAUUGCUUUCAAAGCAACUCUCACUGAAUGCCCAUCAUCACCAAAUUCAACAUUUUCUUCGGAAAAUUUUACAAUGGAGUUUUCGCAGGGAUAUUGGCAGCUAUUCAAAACCACCACAACGUCAACUAUCUCCUCUACUACCUCCAAAAUGCAAGUGUGCCGAGAUGGAUGGCAAAAAUUCACCAGAGUAAUGGGUGAAUGGUGUAUUCGUGUUUUUCGUGCAGUUUUUAGCUAUCAACAUGCAUCUCAGAAUUGUUGUGCAUUAGGUGGUGUUUUGAGUGGGAUUGAGAGUGCAGAAGAACGAACAUUUAUCAUUAGUGAGUUAGGAUAACUCUGAGCAAACAUUUCGAUUUGAAAAUGAUUUGCAGACAAAGGAAUGGCCAUUUUGUAUGAAAAUGGCAUUAAUGAAGGUUCUCUUUGGAUUGGUGCUCACAGAUCGACAGCAUGUAUGUAUAACAAUUCGACUCUACAGAUUUGUGUACCCAUGGUCAACAAGGCGUUUACCUGGACUGACGGUUUCACAACCGGGAAAUCCAUGAUGACUUGGGUUCCGAAUCAACCAGACUAUGCUGGGUAGGUCUAGAUAUGAAUUUGGUGGACCUUCAAAAAAAUCUCAAUUUUUGCCAGUAAAGUUUGAAAAAAACUCACAAAAAAUAGUGUUUCAGAAAAAAUGAGGCGUGUGUUCAAAUGGUACUAGUCAAUAAUGCAGUUAGUAUUGAAGGCGCUGUUUCGGGACAGCUUAACGAUAUAUUUUGUACGGCAACAACAUCUGAGUACAGUUUGAACUAUAUUCGCGGUUUUGUUUGCGGACAGAAAGCGUACUAUCCGUAG